AGACUUAUUAAAAAAAGUCAAACUACGCCAGGAUGUAUUGACAUUCCUGGAAGAUGAUGAAAACAGCAGGCAAUGCCCUGGAAAAAAAGAUACGAUAACAAGGUCAAAAACUAAAAAGCAGAAAAGGGAGUUGAACGACUCACUAAAAAACUUGUAUACAAAAUUUAUAUCAUGCUAUGAGGAACAUAACAAAAUAAGCUAUUCUCAUUUCUGCCGAUUAAGGCCGUUUUGGAUUGUCAUUCCUCACUGCAGGUCAAGGGAAACUUGUCUCUGCAAAAUCCAUACUAACAUGAGCCUUAUUGUUUCAAAAAUGAACACGCUAAAGAUGAUCAGAGAAAGAACGCCUGAAGACCUAAUAAAGAACAUUACUUGUGAAAAUGAAUAUUUAAAGGAGAAAUGUUUGGAGAAAAAAUGCAUGGAGUGUAAGGGAAACAAGGUAGCAUUUUUAGAUUACAAUGAAGAGGACAGUGUCACUUUAUAUCAAUGGGUUGACAAGAAAGUUGAAGUGCAGAUGAAAGGCAGAAAAAAGAUUUGCAAGAAAACAACAAAGGAAGAAAUAACUUGUUCUAAGAAAAAACUGAAAAUUUUGUUUCAAAGCAUGUUUGAUAAAUUUGUUCAGCAUGUUAAUAACAUAAUUCAUCAACACCAUGCUGUCAGACAAAUAAAGAAGACCUUAAAAGAAAAUGAAGCUUUCUUGCAUAUAGAUUUCUCAGAGAAUUAUAAUUGCAAAUUUGGCCAAGAGAUCCAGUCAUUUCACUUUGGAGGAAGCAGAGAUCAAGUUUCAAUGCACACCUCUGUACUGUAUUACCAUGGCAUAAAUGGAACUGUCAGCCAGACUCUGUGCACAUUAUCUGAAAACAGAAGACAUGAUUCUGUCGCCAUUUGUGGCCACCUAGUACCUAUUUUCACGGAGAUAAAAAAGUAUGUUCCGAAUCUGGAAAAAGUUCAUUUUUUGAGUGAUGGCCCGACCAAUCAGUACAGGAACAGGAAGAUGUUUGUUUUAGCUGCUAAAUUUAUAGCGAGAGAACUAAAUGUAGAGACAUUGCAUUGGCACUUCUCCGAGGCCAACCAUGGGAAAGGUGCCCCAGAUGGGGUUGGUGGGGUCCUUAAGCGAACUGCAGACUGUGUUGUAGCUCGGGGUAAAGACAUUCCCAGUAUUGAUGCUUUGAUACGAGUGCUAGAACAAAACUGUAAAGGAGUUCAUCUCUUCAAAGUAGAUACUGAAGAUAUCUUGAAAUUAGAUACAGAAUUCCAUGGUUUAGAACUACCAAAAUUUAAGGGGAUUUUGAAAGUCCACGAAAUAGCCUGGAGUAGAAAAAUGAAAGAUGAAAUCUCAGCUAGACGACUCUCUUGUCUUCUAUGUGAAGCCAAUCAAGAAUGCGACCACUAUGAGAUUGGGAAGAUAAUGAUUCAAACCCCCAAAUGUGAUAAAAACCAUGAUGGAGAAGGAGGUGAUGACAAUGUCUGCACUAAUCUACCUGCUAAGUCUAAGAAACAGAAGACAUUCCGGAAGAAAAAGCCAAUAUACUCUGCCAUAUACAGUGAUUCGGAUUCUGAUCCAGAUAACCCUCCAGAGCUCAAUGUGAAAACCAAUGACUUUGUUGUCGUUAAAGUGUUCGGGAAAAAAACCUUGAACUUCUAUGCAGAUACCCUUGACCCGGAAAAAGUUCACUACAACCUCAUCCUCAAAAAAACUACUACACCUGCAAAGACAAAUAAUCUUAAAAGAAAGGCCAAAGAAAUCCGAGCUCAUCUGAGCUAUUUCGAGGUUAAGAUGGGGCUUGAGAAAGUUCAGAAGUUUACCCGCGGAGAAAUUGAAGUUGAAGACCAGUCAUUAUUUCAAGUGUGGAAUUCCAUCACGAAUGAGCUUACCACCCUAAAAAGUGAAAUUUCAGCGUCGGAGAAAGAAAACGAAACUCCAUUUGACCCUUCUACAACUUCAACUCCGGAUCCUAAACGGCCGUCAGCCCUAACACCUGCUGAAGAAGAGAUUGUGGACGACGUGCUGGCCUUUCCAAUCGACUUUAAUGAAGACGGAAGUGACCAGGCCGGAAUCGUCGAGGGCCGGAUAAUUGCAGACGGCAACUCUUCCGUGGACGAACAGGGUCUGCAGAACAUCAUUGUCAGCCUAGGAUUUACCAACGCAGACCAAGGCAUAUCUAUCGAGGUGUCUGUCACGGAUAUAUUGGAGAGCAUGCCUGAAAGCAAUGUUCCUGAGCAGCCUGAUCCUGAAUUGAUACGUGAACUCCCAUCUGAGAACAACCAGCCAUCAUGCAGCCAAACAGAAACUACGAGCUCUGCAGCUGUGAUUACGGGAGAAAGCUACAGACAGUACAUGGAGGCAAGAGAAGCUAAGAAGAGGGAAAAGGAAGAAGAAAAGGAACGGCGGCGAAUGAUACGACAAGUAAAGAACACAAUAAAACAAGAAGGAAGUAACAACAAACGACCGACAACAGCACCAGAUGACAGUGACAGUGACUCCCAGGAUGAAGAAAUUCCCAUUGUAACCCCUAAGGACCUUGAAAAUCUGAUGGCCAAUAGCUGGGUCGUCGUCCCUUAUGAUGUGGAAGGGAAACAGCAAUAUUUUCCUGGCCAAAUAAAAAUCAAUUACAAAUGA